CGAUUUCAGUGUUGAUAGCAAUUGAUGCGCUCAUUAAGGUCGUCAAGUAUAUUCAUCAUCAUAUUACAAUGAUCGCCCAUAAAAACAUUCGACUCCUAUCUAUUUGGAGAAAAUUUUGUCCAAAAUGGCAAACAAUGUCAAUGUCAACAAUACCUGGCAACCAAGAAGAACGACAAGUUUAUAUCGUAUCAGCAACUCGAACACCAAUCGGUUUAUUUCGUAGCCAAUUAGCUAAAUUCACUGCACCACAACUUGGCGCGAUCGCCGUCAAGGCUGCCGUAGAAAAAUCUACUCUUCCAAAGGAAUCAUUCGAAGAGGUACAAAUCGGUAACGUGAUGCAAGCCAUGGUUGGCCAAGACCCAGCUCGGCAAUGUGCACUCGGUGCUGGUUUGCCGAUUACCACACCGACAACUACAGUGAACAAAGUAUGCGCUUCCGGUAUGAAAACCUAUAUGAUUCUGGCACAAGCAAUCCAAUGUGGUCAUAUAGAUGUUGCCGUGGCUGGUGGAAUUGAAAGCAUGUCGAAUGUACCUUUCUUUUUGCCACGUGGCGAAUUACCUUAUGGUGGAGCCAAAUUGAUCGAUGGUAUCGUUCAUGAUGGGCUCACUGAUGUAUACAAUAAAUUUCACAUGGGUGUAUGUGCCGAACGAACGGCCAAAAAAUUUCAAAUCACACGUCAGGAACAAGAUGAAUUUGCUAUUAAUAGCUAUCGAAGAGCUGCAGAUUUUGCCAAACUUGUCACUUCGGUGGAAAUCACACCAGUCGAAAUACCCGGUACAAAAAAACAACAAGCAUCGCAAAUGACUGAUGAUGAAGAAUAUCAGAGAGUAGAUUUUAACAAAUUCGCUCGGUUGGCUACUGUUUUUCAAAAAGAAGAUGGUACCGUAACUGCGGGAAAUGCCAGCACAUUGAACGAUGGUGCUUCCGCUGCAGUUCUAGCAUCAGGAAAAGCUGUUAAACAAUUUGGUUUAACUCCGUUAGCGAGAAUUGUUGCUUUCGCUGAUGCAUCUGUUGAUCCAGUAGAUUUCCCUGUGGCCCCAGCCUAUGCAGUGCCAAAAAUUUUGCAACGUACUGGUUUGAAGAUCGAAGACAUUUCUAUGUGGGAAAUCAACGAAGCAUUUAGCGUGGUUGUAUUGGCCAAUAUACGAAUGCUCAAAAUGGAUCCAACCAAAGUCAAUAUCCAUGGUGGUGCCGUCAGUAUCGGUCAUCCACUUGGAAUGUCCGGUUCGAGGAUCGUCAACAAAUUAGCUUUACAUUUACGUUCGGGAGAAUAUGGCAUGGCCGCUAUCUGUAACGGAGGUGGAGGGGCUUCUGCUCUUCUCGUACAAAAAUUAUGAAAAAACUAAAUAUUUGCAUAAUGAAUUUUUUUUUUAUUUACUCUGAUAUUCAAUUAAAAGCUAACAUUUCGCAUUCCAA